AUGGCGGAGACUUUUGCAUUCAAUGCAGACAUCCAGCAGUUGAUGAGCUUGAUCAUCAACACUUUCUACUCCAACAAGGAGAUCUUCCUGCGUGAGCUCAUCUCCAACGCCUCGGACGCUCUGGACAAGAUUCGCUACGAAUCCAUCACCGACCCGGACAAGAUCGAGGCGCAGCCGAACUUCUUCAUCAAGAUCAUCCCGGACAAGACCAAUUCGACUCUGACCAUCGAAGACUCCGGUAUCGGCAUGACCAAGAACGAGCUCAUCAACAAUCUCGGCACGAUCGCCAAGUCUGGCACCAAGGCCUUCAUGGAGGCUAUGGCGGCAGGCGGCGACAUCUCCAUGAUCGGGCAGUUCGGCGUCGGCUUCUACAGCGCGUACCUCGUCUCGGACAAGGUCCGUGUGGUCAGCAAGCACAACGACGACGAGCAGUACAUCUGGGAGAGCGGCGCCGGCGGCUCUUUCACGGUCCAGAAGGACACGGAGCUGGUGCACGGCGAGAUCAAGCGAGGCACCAAGAUCAUCUGCUACCUCAAGGAAGACCAGUCUGAGUUCCUGGAGGAGCGACGUCUGAAGGACCUGGUGAAGAAGCACUCCGAGUUCAUUGGCUUCCCCAUCGAGCUGUACGUGGAGAAGUCCAAGGAGAAGGAGGUGACCGACUCCGAGGAGGAGGAGGAAGAGAAGAAGGAGGAGAAAGAAGGAGCUCAUCUCCUCCGCUACCACACCUCCAAGUCUGGUGACGAACAGAUCAGCCUGAAGGAGUACGUCGACCGCAUGAAGGAGGGUCAGAACGACAUCUAUUACAUCACAGGCGAGAGCAUUGCGGCCGUGUCCUCAUCUCCCUUCCUGGAGACCCUGCGCAAGAAGGGCAUCGAGGUGCUGUACAUGAUCGACCCCGUCGACGAGUACUCAGUGCAGCAGCUGAAGGAGUUCGAUGGCAAGAAGUUGAAGAGCACAACUAAGGAAGGUUUGGACAUCGAGGACGAGGAUGAGAAGAAGAAGCUGGAGGAGAUGAAGGCGGAGUUCGAGCCCCUCACGAAGCUCAUGAAGGAGGUGUUGGGGGACAAGGUGGAGAAGGUCAUCGUCAGCUCUAGGAUGGCCGACUCCCCUUGCGUGCUGACCACCUCCGAGUAUGGCUGGUCGGCUAACAUGGAGCGCAUCAUGAAGGCGCAGGCCCUGCGUGACAACUCCAUGACUUCCUACAUGGUCUCCAAGAAGACCAUGGAGGUGAACCCCAAGCACUCCAUCAUGGCGGAGCUGAAGAAGAAGGCCGCGGCCGACAAGUCUGACAAGACCGUGAAGGACCUGAUCUGGCUCCUCUUCGACACCUCGCUGCUCACCUCUGGCUUCAACCUCGAUGAGCCCACGCAGUUCGCUGGCCGCAUCCACCGGAUGAUCAAGCUCGGCCUCAGCAUCGACGAUGACGAUGAGGGCCUGGGUGAUGACGACGACCUGCCCCCGCUUGAGGAAGUCGAGGGCGCGGCCGAUGAGGCCUCCAAGAUGGAGGAGGUCGACUAG